UCUGUAAAGCAGAAGAGGCGGUGCAAAGGCAGGGGAGCCGGGCGGCCGCCGCCAUUUUGGGUGGUGGGAGGGGUUUUAAAAAUGCUCUUGUGAGGGGAUAAGGACACCUCCGGGGAAGGGAGUAAAGAGGGGGAAGAAAGGUGAGAGGAAGGAGCGCUUUUCGCGUCCGUAUGUGCACCCGCACGCAUUGAGGAGAGGAAUUUAGGAACGAGAGUUCAUACGGACUGGGGCUUUUGAGCUGGAGGAAUACUAAGAAGUGGGAGUGAGGUGGAUGAAAGAGCGCGAGAGGGGUGAAGGAGGAGCAGAGACCGGGAGCUAUAGGACCUCUGCAAGAGGUUUUGGCCCCCAGUUUAGCCACAGAAAAGUAGUGCCCAUGGAAUUAAGCUGUUAAAAUAAGAAACGGUGGAGAGGUUGGAGCAGGAGUAGAUUUUUGUAGAAAAGGACGUCCAACUUAAUUUUGAGAUUGAACACCAGUUCGUGCUCCGAGUCAUGUGGCCGGAGGUUCCGCGUUCUUUAAUUGCAGUUUUUCUGGAUCUCUGGCCUAAACUUCCCAUUGUCACCAGACGCCAAACUGGUGGACGUGGAGGUUUCUAGGGACACAGACAGGGUGCAUCCUAGCGGCCUGACAUCUGCUCCCCUCUGGGGUGGAAGAGAUUCUGGUGGGAGCAUCCCCUGGCAUUUUGAUUUCCAAUUACUGUAAAGGCUAUGUUGAGAAGUUCCAACGGAGUGGUGGUGUUCGGGUGUUAAAGCAAAAGCAAUUUAAAAAAAAAAAAGUGGAAGGGGUGGCAGGGUUCUUGUGGCGUAUCAGCUGUGUGUCAAACAUUUGUGAGUUGAAACAUUUUAACUUGAGUGGCUUGGUGUUUAGGAUUACCUGCUGUGGGAGCAUGAGUGUGUACUAGAAAAAUGGAAACUGGAGCUGAAAGUUUACGGACUGUAGUACUUCUGCAUAAAGUCCAUGGUUUAGUCUUGAUUUUCCUUGUACAUACAUGUGUGCACACCUUUAAUUGGGUUUGAUGUUAUGAUAUUUGUUUUGUAGUGCUGAAUUAAUGUUUCUAUUGUAAUUAUGUUUUAUUGUCUUUUUUAUGUUACCCAGAGUGGUCUCUAGCUAGAUGAGGAGUAUAUAAAAUGAAUGAAUGUACAAUUCAUUUUAUUUUUAAGGCUCUUGCAUUCAUUUGGUGCACACAUGGAAGGCUUCCGUUCCUUUCUUUCCUUGUUUCAUUUGUAUAGUGGAGUUCAGUUAGAAUGUGAUGCUAUGUGAAUUAAGGCACAUAUCUUAUGUGCUAUGGAGAAGUUUUGUACCAAUAUAAGCAAGUUGCUUUUCAAUCAGGGAAAUCUGGCACUACUCACAGCGCCACCACAUCCCUUUAGAUUGCUCAUCAAAACUGAAAAAGCUUCAGGAGAAGAUGAGUGUAGAAGCUGCUGACCGGGAGGCUGCCACCUCUAGUCGACCAUGCACACCUCCUCAGACCUCCUGGUUUGAGUUCUUGCUGGAAGAAUCUCUGCUGGAGAAACAUUUGAAAAAAGCUUAUCCAGAUCCAUCACCUGUUCAGCUGAUUGUUCAGUUUCUGGAGCAGGCUUCCAAGCCUUUGGUGAAUGAGCAGAAUCAGGUUCAGCCUCCACCUGAUAACAAGAGAAAUCGCAUUUUAAAAUUACUUGCUUUGAAAGUUGCUGCACAUUUAAAGUGGGAUUUGGACAUACUGGAGAAAAGCUUGUCAGUCCCAGUACUGAACAUGUUGCUGAAUGAACUGCUGUGCAUCAGUAAGGUUCCUCCAGGAACUAAACAUGUAGAUGUGGAUCUUGCCAGUUUACCUCCAACCACUGCAAUGGCUAUACUGCUCUAUAAUAGAUGGGCUAUUAGAACAAUAGUCAAAAGUAGUUUUCCUGUCAAACUAGCAAAACCUGGUCCACCUCAACUAAAUGUAAUGAAUCAGAUCCAACAAGAAAAGGAAGUAACAGAAAAUAUUUUGAAAGUGUUGAAAGAACAAGCGGCUGAUUCCAUUCUGGUGUUAGAAGGAGCACUCAACUUAAGCAAAGAACUUUAUAUCCAUACAAUAAGGACUUUAGAUUUGCUCGCCAUGGAACCUGGGAUGGUUAACGGAGAAACGGAGAUUUCUAUAGUUGGAUUCAGCAUUAGUGCUGAAGAAAUGCAGUGUCAGGUUUGUUAUGAUUUAGGAGCCAUCUACUUUCAACAAGGUUCCAUUAACUCUGAGCUGUAUGUAAAAGCCAGGGAGAAAUUUUUUCGAACCAAAGAGCUAAUUUCAAAGAUUGGCUCCUCUCUUCAUUGCAUCAUAGAUGAAAAGAGGCUCGCGGGAUACUGUCAAGCAUGUGGAGUUCUUGCACCUUCUGAGAAUACCUCACAACCAUCAACUCCAUACAGUCAAAUCCAUAGCUGCUUAAGAUCUGGCAAUUAUCAGGAACUGGUGAAGAUUUUCCUUGAAGAUAACAAAACACCUACUUUACCUGUGCAGUUCAGGCAGUCAGUACUAAGAGAGCUCUCUCAGAAAGCUCAACAAGGGGAUGAUGUCCUUGAUGACGUGUGUUUCAAGGUGUGUGCAUGCAAUAGUGUCUGUGAUGUGAUGCAAGAUCGACCAAUUGGAGUCCAAUUUAACCGGCUGUUUUUUAGGCCCACAAAAGAGAAAAUAGACUUUCUGCUUGAGGUAUGUUCAAAAUCAAUACAUGUUGAAACUGCAUCUGAAUCUGCGAGGAGGAAGAUGGCCUAUUUUCUGAAGAAUCUAUGUUUGAGUUUGGACGAUCUCCAGCUUGUCUUCAUGAUUUCUUCUCAUGAGCUCUUCAUAGCAUUAUUGAAAGAUGAUGAGCGAAAGUUGCUCAUUGAUCAAAUGAGGAAAAUGUCACCUCGAGUCAACUUAGGCACUAAGCCUAUAACUUCAUUUUAUGAUAUUCCAGCCUCAGCAAGUGUGAAUAUUGGUCAAUUGGAACACCAGCUUAUAUUGUCAGUGGAUCCCUGGAGAAUCCGCCAGAUUUUAAUUGAGCUGCAUGGCAUGACUUCAGAACGUCAGUUCUGGACAGUUUCUAACAAGUGGGAAGUACCCAGUGUUUAUGGCAAUGUUAUUCUGGGAAUUAAGGAUAAUUUGACCAGAGAUUUGGUUUAUAUUCUGAUGGCAAAGGGACUACACUGCAGCACAAUUAAGGAUUUUGUCCAUGCAAAACAGCUUUUUGCUGCUUGCCUUGAACUUGUGACGGAGUUCUCGCCAAAACUGCGCCAAGUCAUGCUGAAUGAAAUGCUGCUUCUGGACAUUUAUAGCCAUGAAGCAGGAGCAGGUCUUUCAGGAGAACGUCCUCCCUCUGACCUGAUCAGCAGAGUUCGGGGAUACCUAGAAAUGAGGGUCCCUGAUAUUCCUCUUCGGCAAGUUGUAGCAGAGGAAUGUGUUGCUUUCCUUUUAAAUUGGCGGGAGAAUGAAUACUUAACCAUGCAAGUUCCUCUUCCUCUCGUUCAGACCAAUCCUUAUGUGAAGUUAGGACAGCUUUUGGCUGCCACGUGUAAAGAUCUUCCUGGACCCAAAGAAAGUAGACGAGCAGCUAAAGAUCUCUGGGAGGCUGUUGUGCAGAUCUGCAGUGUAUCCAACCAACACAAACGAGGGAAUGAUGGCAGAGUGAGCUUAAUAAAGCAGAGAGAAUCUACAUUAGGCAUUAUGUACAGGAGUGAAUUGCUGUCUUUUAUCAAAAAAUUGCGGGAGCCUCUGGUUUUGACAACAGUAUUAUCCUUAUUUGUCAAACUUCACAAUGUUCGGGAAGACAUUGUGAAUGAUAUCACAGCAGAGCAUAUUUCAAUCUGGCCAUCAUCUAUUCCCAACUUACAGUCAGUGGAUUUUGAAGCGGUGUCUGUUACUAUCAAAGAGCUAGUCAAUUAUGCAUUGACUAUAAAUUCAAACAAUCACUUCUGGUUAAUCAUUCAGGCUGAUAUUUAUUUUGCAACAAACCAGUACUCUGCUGCCCUUCACUACUAUCUUCAAGCAGGAGCUGUGUGCUCAGAUUUCUUUACUAAGAUGGUACCACCUGAUAUAUAUACUGAUCAGGUGAUAAAACGGAUGAUAAAGUGUUGUUCUCUGCUCAAUUGCCACACACAGGUAGCAAUUUUAUGCCAGUUCCUCCGGGAAGUAGAUUAUAAAACUGCAUUUAAAGCACUUCAAGAGCAAAACAGUCAUGAUGCCAUGGACUCCUAUUAUGACUACAUCUGGGAUAUUACCAUCUUGGAAUAUUUGACAUACCUUCAUCAUAAGCGAGGUGAAUCAGAUAAAAAACAAAUAGCGAUUAAAGCUAUUGGGCAGACUGAGCUGAACUCUAGUAAUCCGGAAGAAGUGCUACAGCUUGCUGCUCAGCGACGAAAAAAGAAGUUUCUUCAAGCAAUGGCAAAACUUUACUUUUAGAAUCUUAUUUUAAAUACAGCAUGGAUGAAAUGUG